AUGGUCAGGAAUGGCUAUAUAACAGCGUUGGCCGAUAGUUAUAAUGAUUAUAUAUGGUAUACGCAACAACAAUCGCUCAAUUGUAACUGGCCAACAACUGUCCGACACAUGGUCAAUUAUAUUAGCGGUGAUUCAUUACUACCCUAUCCGCCAAUGACUGAUAUAUGGCGAGUGUUUUCAGUGAACGUAUGGCUAACAAUAUUGACGGCGUUUAUCGUAAUGAUAACGAUUGGCAGUUUGCAUGACAAAAUUAUCCGAAAGGGUGACCACAUGUCAUUUUUUCGUAACGCAUGGAUUUUUAUGAAAGCGUCGAUGCUAAUCGGCGAACGCACACUUGGCCACUCUAAUUGGCUGUACAUCCUAUGGCUUAUAUCAAUCAUGCCGUUGGCGUAUAUUAUGCAAAACGAUUUGACCGCUCAGAUGACCAACAGACCUGUCAAACACAUGAACAAUAUCGACGACUUGGUCGCUGACAAUCGGUAUAACAUAUACGUCGAUACACUAGUGAACGAGUUGGCCAACGCCAGCGCCACCGACACCCUUUACGAUCGCUUCAAUUUGGCACGUGCUAUAGAAUGGGGCAACCGAAUAGUUACUCUACACUUGGCUGAGCCUAAUGUGCUCGCUCUACUGUCAACGUUGUGCUAUGGGCCACAAUUAUACGCUUAUGUUGACCAGGUGGAUUUAAUUCGCAAACUACCGGCGGAUAAAAAACAAUUUUAUACAUUAAAUUUUUAUGACCUCUCCAUCGAUGAACUGCCGGCCAAUGUAUUUGGUGGCCUACAAUUUGAGCAGAUCUAUAUACAGGGCUCGACAGCAUUGACACGUGUGCAUCGACUGGCGUUCAACGGCACCGACACCUAUUCUACUAAGUUAUAUAUAGUUGGGUCGCCGCUAACUGAUACCAUGGACAAAGACUGGGACCUAUUUGGGGCCAUUCACAAAUUACCCGUAUCUGGACAUCAAAAUUUAAGUGAAGUCUACAUUAUAUGGAAUCCGCGACUUAAGUCAAUAGCCGCGCAUGCGUUCGACGAAUUGCCCGCAUUAAAGCAAUUAUUCUUAUCGAACAACGCUAUCCAAUCAGUGGGUGGCCACGCCUUCGCUGUCGCUGGUAACCAUAGCGACGACCAAUUGGUGCAAAUAUAUUUGGAUUCUAAUUCGCUGACCUCUGACUCGUUCGGUGUCGGAGCAUUAGCAGCAACUAUACCCGUUAGCGGUGGCUAUCACAUUAAUUAUUAUAGCAACAACCUCGCUGUCAGCCAACGCAGAAUGCUCAGCACAGGAGAAAUACAGCCCCUGUACGUGCCCGAGCCCGGGUACAACCUGUUUGAGGCGAUUAGGGCGACGACCACGCUGAUUUCCAUCCAGAUUUAUGGUAGUAAUUUGACCAAGGUACCACGUGACGCUUUUAGAUCCCAUCCAAAUAUAGUUAAUAUAGAUAUGGCUAAUAAUCCAAUCGCCGCUAUAGAGCCACACGCGUUCGACAACACAACCAUGUUACAAUAUAUGGUGUUUAGUAAUGAUCAUCUGGCAACGCUACCAGCCGACGCAUUUAAUGUUGGUGAAGAAAAAUACCGUGAAAUUGAAGUACACUUGGAGGGUAAUAAUUUGAACAAGGUCAAUCUAACCGGUGCCACAUUUGCCCACAUUAAUGGUUACGUUAAUCUAUAUCUCUAUAAUAAUGGCUUUCAAUACCUGAAUGAGACUGUAUUCACAGCAUUCCUAUUGAGUAAACCUCAUAAUAAAAUAUAUUCAGACACCGAUUGCAAACAUAAAGCAUUCCUAUUCGUAUUAACUGCCUUAAUUAAUUGCGUGGUUGGAAAUAACAGCGCGUGCCCAGAUACACCAAUUCGACCACCAUGCAAAUACAUAGAUGGCGGCACAUAUUGCGACAUCGAAUGCAAAGGUCCUGCCUUUAUUACAAAGAUUUUGACAGACUUAAACAGUCGGCUACCUAUUGGACAGAAAUUGUUCCGAAAACUUUACUUAUCAAACACGCAGAUAGAAGAACUGCCGGCCAAAGCUUUCGGUGGCAUACAGUUUAGCGAGAUUAAUAUACAAGAAUUAUAUCAAUUACGUCGCGUAAACAUCGACGCGUUUGACGGAACGGCUUUAUCAAUAACAACGUUAUUUAUCUCGUGGACACCGGUCACCGAAGUGGCCACAAACGGGUCGGACCUGUUUGCCGCGAUAGACAUGUUGAAGUACUUAGAAUCACUCUAUCUGGGUGCGACCAAUGUGACCACGUUACCAUCGAUGAGUGUAUCGGGCUUAAGAAAUUUGCGCUACAUAUAUUUUAAUCACAACCCACUUAAGUAUGUGGACGCCAACGCGUUCAACAAUUUACACUCUCUUAGUCUACUUGAGUUUACCGAAAGCCCAGCACAACGUGUGGCCGCCUAUGCGUUCACUAUCGGCCAAAACACUACGGCUCAAGCGUUGCGCAUUGACUUUAGUCCGCAACCAAACGACCCGUUCGACAUCCGAUCGUUAGAAUCGAUCGGUUGUGCGACUACUUUAUCGCUUGGAAAGGGAUCUAUGAAAUACUUGAAUCGAAUAGAAUUUGAGACCUUUUUUAGCGCAAACGUUAAGAAUACAGUGUUUGACGUCGACAUCGAUUGCGCCGAUAGUCGUAACCAAUGGAUUGUACAAAAGUAUCCGCACGUUUGGAAAGAUUUGAAAUGUUCAACUAUUUAA